UAAUAUAUCGAAGCAAUGGGCGCAGCAUUCUUUCCGGUAUUGUUCUUCACUGCCUUAUGGGCAUGUGUUGGCAUUGGUGUUCCUAUGAUGACUCCGAAGGGCCCUCAUCAAAGCCUCUUCCGUUGUAUUAUGAUGCUAACUGCAGCGACUUGCUGGCUUUUCUGGCUAUGUUGUUACAUGGCACAAAUGAAUCCUUUGCUCGGACCAAAAUUAAACCAAAAUGCUAUUUAUAUGAUAGCAAAGGAGUGGGGAAAUGAGCUAAAGGACGGCUAAAGUGAUAGUUUAAAAGGUUUGCAGAUAAUGUAAGCUGAAGGACGGCUUGAUCGGUGUGAGCUGCUCAACGCAAUUGGUGGAGCGAUAAAAACGUAUAUAUGUUUAAUGAAAAUAUGUAGUGAAACAUUUUUAUUUUAGUUUAUAAACAAUGCAUUUUCA